AUUUUAUUUUAUGUUUUUCUUAGUGAAUGAUUAAAAAGUUAAGAAAAGUUUUAUUAAUUUGGAUUGUUUGAAUUAUCUACAAUUAGUUUUUUUUUUUUUUUUUUUGUGGUUUUGAAUACCUUUUGUUUGUUUACUAUUUCAAAAUGAACUGUUCUGAAUUAGUUUAAAUUAAUUUAGAUGGGUGGAAAAAUUCUACGUCUUUUGGGUAUGUAUUUUAUUAUGUUAUUUUUUUUACUAAUUUUCGUUUUGAAUAUUGUUCAUUAUUAAGAUCAAAUAGCGAGGAAUGGACAGAAGGCAUUUUGGAGAAAGCCCAUUCUUUGGUGCUGGAGGCAGUAGUGGCAGCGGAGGAGGAAAUGGAACUGGCAAUGGUAACAACAAUGGCAACGGUGGCAAUGGAAGUGGUGGUGGCCGCAGCGGAGGUUUUGGUAGCCCCUACUUCAACAGUAACCAGAAAUCUCCUGAGGAUGAUCUUAUUGCUAGGAGCAGAGAGUGGAUGUCUAGGCAGGAUAGAGAUAGAGAUCCUUGGAGGAGAUCUGUUGAUGAUUUCCUUGAUGAUAGAGGUAGCAGGUAUAAAGGUAGAGAUAGGACUUCCCGGGAUAGAUCUAGGUCAAGAGAGAGGGACCGUGACAGGGAAAGGGAAAGAGAUAGGAGUGAAAGGGGGGAAAGAGGUGAUAGAGGUGACAGAAGUGAUCGCGGGGAUAGAAAGAGAAGGUCAAGGGAUAGAAGUAGAGGCACAAGUAGGGAUCGUAGGCGGUCUCCAGAUAAUGAAGAAGGGCGAGAUCAUUCAAAGCGUUAUAGAGAUGGUGAUCGUUGGAAUGAAUAUGAUCGUUCGGGUAGCAGACAUGAUAGAUAUGACCGAAGGUAUGGAAGAGGUGAUGAUGAUGAAGAAGGUGGAAGAAAAUAUUCUAGUGAAGAAGAAAAUAGUAACAGUUAUGAUCGAAGAUCUGAUGGGGAUUAUGAUUAUUCAAGACCCUAUGCUGAUAGUUCUCUUCGUGCUGAAGAUAGGUAUGCAUAUAAAAAACAAACCCCACAAAAAACAAUCAUUAUUCGAGGUCUUGCUCAGCAUAUAACAGAACAUGAUAUUCAAGAGGAUAUUGUUUUAUCUCAGCUUCAAUGUCGAGACAUCCGAUUAGUUAGAAGAAAAGAUACAGGCACUUCAAGAGGAUUUGCUUUUGUUGAAUUCAAGUCAGUUGAAGAUGCAACUAAAUGGAUUGAAAUGAAACAAGGUGAACUUAUGUUAAAAGACCAUUUCAGAGCCUUGUUGCAGUAUAGCUUACCGAAGGAUCCUUAUACUUACGGGAGGGAUAAGCGUAUGUCAGAUUGGUAUUGCAAAUGUCAAGCUCAUAAUUUCAGGCGCAGAGAUACUUGUUUCAAAUGUAAUUUGCCUCGAAGAGAAGGUGAAGUAUUGGAAGGCACUGAUGAAGUCAGUUCUCAUCCAACAAAUACUGUUCUUUUACGAGGAUUAGAUGCUUUGACAACAGAAGAAAGUGUAUUACAGUCAAUUAAAUCAUUGUCAUCUUUACCCAUUAGAAGUGUGCGAAUAGGCCGUGAUCCUGCUACAAAUACUUCUAGAGGUGUUUGUUACCUUGAAAUGAAUAAUGUAGUGGAUGCCAUGUACUUACACAAUGCUUUGCAGACAUCAUGUCCUCAAGUUGAUGGUAGAACAGCUAUUAUCUCUUAUGCUAAACUAGAUCCUUUAACACUUCAUUCUUCAGCUGCAAUAAGUGGUCAAAUAGCUAAUGCUGCUGUUGCAGCUGCCCAAUGGAGUCAUCAAAAACAGGAGACAACUCAAUACAAAUUAAGUGAUGUUCCUCGCCUUGCUGAAUAUAGUGCCAAUCUUUAUGCAACUAAUCCUCAAGAGAAAUCUGCUUAUAUAGCCUACUAUGAAGACUAUUACAAAAAGCAAAUCACUGAUGGAGCAAAUAUCUCUUUACCAGUUAAUAAUUCAGCAGGUUUGGCUUGUGCUCAAGCUGCUGUUGCAGCCCAUAAAAAAACCAGUACAAAAGGUAGCUUAAAUGAACCUCCUGAUGGUUCUGGUGAUAAAACCUAUCCUAUUCCUGAUGUCAGUUCUUAUCAAUAUGAUAAAUCUUCUGGGUAUUAUUAUGAUCCUUAUACUACUUUGUAUUAUGAUGCCAAUUCGCAGUAUUAUUACAACAAUAAAUCAGGUAAAUUUUUGUAUUGGGAUGCCUCAAAAAAAACUUACUUACCAGCACCAACUGACGGUGCAAAUUCUCAGGCUCUUCAAGCUCCUCCACCUCCUAAUAUAAGUAGUGAUGAGGCUAAAGAUGAUGAGGCCAAGAAAGCAAAAGAAAAAAUAGAAGAAAAAGAUAAAGUGAAAGUUGCCAAAAGGAUAGCAAAGGAUAUGGAAAGGUGGGCAAAAACAUUAAAUCAGAAAAAGGAGAAUGCUAAACAAAAUAUUGUUGCUGCUCAGCAAGCUGUUUCAUCUAUGAAAGCUGCUGGUGCUGCAGACAUUGGUUAUGCAGUUUUAGAACGUAAAGAUCUUGUUCUCCCUAUAUUAUCUAAUGGUAUGGAUAUGAAAGCAUCUGCUAAGCAUGAAAGUCUUGUUGCUGCUUAUGGCCAAGGAAGUGAUAGUGAGCCAGAAGAAUCACAAGAGGAUAUGUCCCAAUUAGACAUCAAGAGCCUCACUGACUGGACCAAAAUGGCUUGUUUACUUUGUAAACGUCAAUUUCCCAGCAAAGAUGCACUUGUCAAACACCAACAGCUCUCUGAUUUGCACAAGCAAAAUCUCAAUGCAUGGUAUAAAUCUCGUGGAUUAUCAGAUUCUGAUGACAGUCAAAGUAAAAAUAUUCAAUACCGAGACAGGGCGAAAGAAAGGAGGUUGAAAUAUGGAGAGCCAGAUGCACCCCAGCCUAGCAAAUUGAAGGAAACAUAUAUGAAAGGUAGAGAAGCAGUCGUGAGUUAUGAAGAGCCUACUAGGGCAGGUAUUGGUAAUGAUAAUCUUGGUAGUAAGUUACUCCAAAAAAUGGGUUGGCAAGAAGGGAUGGGGCUUGGCAAAAGCAAUCAAGGAAGGACUAGUAUUAUACAAACUGAAAGAAGGGCAGCGUCAGCUGGUUUGGGAAGUAAAUCUGUUGGUGUUACUCCGGGACCUGGGGAAACAUAUAAGGACUGUGUUAAAAAAAUGAUGCAAAUCCGUUACAGUGAAAUUGAUGGGUCUUUAUCGUGAAAAAUGUCUAGAAAUUAUUUUUUAAAUGCGGGCUUUAGGCGUAGCUCAAGCGUAGCUAGGUCUUUGCUUUGGUUAAUAGGAUUUCGAUUUUUACUAUUCAUUUAAAAUUUAAACUAUUCAAUGUAUAUACAUUUCGAAAAAAAUCUGUAAUAAAUUUUUAAUGUAAUAUAUGUAUGAUUCAUCUCUGUAAAUAAAAUAAAUUAUGAAUUGUAUAUAAUUCAUGUAUAUAAUGUGUAGUAAGCAUAAGGUCUAAUGAAAUACAUUUCGAUUUUUUUAAUAUGUGUAUAUUUAGUAGUUAGGGAAAAAAUAAAAAAAAUCUGUGUGUAAGUAUUUAUAUAUGUACAUGACCGCGUUGUUUAUAAUGAUUUUUUACUUCGAAAAUAUCGUAGCUUUAAUUAAAGGAUGAAUGAUAUUGACAAAUUCAUUAAAUAUAAUUUUUCUUUUUUUUUUUUUUUUUUUUUUUUGUAGUGUGUUUUUAAUAAGGAAACGUAGUUUGUUUGUUAAUUUUGAAAAUUGAUGAAAGAAGGUAGGUAACUUGAAUUUAUUGUGAGAUUGAUUUGUGGGGUUAUUGUUGUGAUCCAUCAAAUAUUAAAUAUAAUAGUUGUUAAUUUUGUUGUUAGAUUCAUUAGGUUAUUUUUUAUAUGAGAUUAUACUUUUUUUUAUCUCUUUGAGAUAUGAAUGUUUUUUUAUAUUUAUAAUGAAUGUUGAUAUUUAUUAAAUAGAACAUUUUCACAUGCUGUUUUUUAAUUGAAAUUUCAUUUCAUUUCCCCUUUUUUAUUUUAUUAUUUAUAUUGAAAAUGUUUUAUUAAAUGAAAUAUAAUUGUACCUUCGGUCUUCUAAUGAUUAACAUUUAAGAUAAUGUUAAAUAUAAUUUUUUUUUUUUUUUAAUUUUU